UCCCUGUGUCCAAAGAUGUCUUGUGACCCUUUCCUGCUAACCGCAAGGCCCGGAGAGGAUCUUGAUGGUGAUAACUUCUCAGAGGAGAGUAGUGGAAGGGGUGAUGGCAGCAGUGUCUUGGGAGGUGACAGCACAGUCACAGGGCCCCUGAGUGCAAUGCUGCUGGUCAUGUGCCUCACUGGGAUGGUGGGGAAUGUCUACACACUGGUGGUAGCUUCUGGAGGGAUUGCAGGCCGCUCAGCAGGCUCCUUAGGGGUCUACGUGAUCAACCUUGCACUGGCUGAUUUCCUGUACCUCUCCACCAUCCCCUUUGUGGUCUGUACCUACUUUGCUCAUGACUGGUUCUUUGGAGAUGUGGGUUGCAGGCUUUUGCUCAGCCUGGACCUCCUUACCAUGCAUGCCAGCAUCUUCCUUCUGACUGCUAUGAGCCUAGAGAGAUACUGGGCUGUGACCAGGCCACUGUGGGCCAGGCGGGUUGGAAAUGCUUACCGCAAGCUGGCCAGUGCCAUUCUCUGGCUGCUCUCGCUUCUGCUAACAGCCCCCAUGAUGGUGAUGAUCCAGCUACGGGACCAGGGCAGUCAUCACAAGCGGAUCUGCUUCCCCACCUGGACGCCAGCUGCCUUCAGGCUUUACCUCACAGUGCUGUUCACCACCAGCGUUCUGGUGCCUGGCCUGGUGCUGGGUGUCGUCUACGCCCGCCUUGCCCGGGCCUACCAGGCCUCUGCAUUGGGCCUGGGGCCACUGGCCACUGGCCGGGCUUCCUCCCAGAAGCUUUCCUCACGGAUCUUUGGCAUUAUUGCAGCCUACUGGGCCUGUUUCCUGCCCUUCUGGGCCUGGCAGCUGACGAGGCUGUACUGGGACGACGGCCUGGUUCUUGGCCCCACCAUCCAGGCCUACCUCAACUUUGGGGUCACGUGCUUGGCCUAUGGCAACAGCUGUGUCAACCCCUUCCUCUACACUCUGCUAACCAGGAACUACCGGCAGCCUCCCAGCCACAGCAGGAGGGAGCUGCCGGGGCCAGGGGCCCCCUCUCAGGGGCGGACGCAAGGCGUGGGAGGAGACAAUGGCUCCUCCCUGGUUUUCAGGGAGAUGUCUGGGUCUGCAGGGGAAAGUGGGGAGGGCCCAGAGUGUCAAUAAAUGCCCCGAAUGGGAGCUUCU